AGCUACAAGGCUCGAAAUUGAAAAUUGUUGCAUUGUAGACAUUCCUGCAAUGGCUGGAGCUGACUCUGGGCAAGGCAACGGGGCACCUGCUGCCGCUGAAAACAACUUCUGGCUGUGGGGCACCUGGGGCAAGAGAGUAAUCAAGGCACCCUUCCUGACUCAGAAAGUGCCAGGAAAGAUCCGUGAUAUUAUCAUCGGCCAGAAUUUCAUCAUAGCUCUCAAAGAGGAUGGUCAGUUGGUGUCGUGGGGCGAAGACAAAGUUGGAUGUUUGGGUUUGGGCACGGAGGACGUCAAUGUACAAGAUCCAAGAAAGAUCCCGUUUCCAUCUGACUUCAAGGGCAAGGUUGUGGAUGUCCAAUAUGGUAGGCACCAUGUGCUGGCCUUGACAAGCACUGGUAAGGUGUAUUCAUGGGGCGACAACAACAAAGGCCAACUUGGCCUCAGUGAUCAGCAGAACCGCUACGAACCUGUGGCUGUGGAGGAGCUGCGGCGCUGGACCGUGAUUCAGAUCUUGGCCUUGGAUCACAUGAGCUAUGCACUGACAUCAGAUGGCAUAGUGUACGCAUGGGGCGACAACACCGAUGGCUCGUUGGCAUUGGGCCAUGACAAAGCUGUUGUGGACAAGCCAGAACCGAUGAUGCGAAUGCAAGGAACGGCCGUGAAGAAAUUGGUCGCUAGAGAUUGUGGCGGAUCCGGAGGGAAAGGAAAGACAGUGAUUGCCUUUGUUGAGUUAGCCGAUCCAUUGCCGCAAAAGGACAGUAUUGGUGGCUUUGAUCGUCCAUUAGGAGGGCAUGGGAGGCAUGAAGACAAAGACAAAGUGGUUCUAUCUGAUGACAUGGAGAAGGACAUUUUUGAAGGUGUUGACCUCAUGCGCCAGGUCAUGGACAAUACUCAGGAUUGGUGGGAGCACAUCCUCAAGGUCCGCCAUGGCUCUCCGUACAACGACAACCCUUUGCAGGUCGAUGACUUGUCAGACAAGAAGGAUGCUGACAACUGCACAGCAAUGCAGCUGGAUACGUUCGUGGCUUUGGACCAACUGGAGGAUGCGUCUUACGAAUUAGACAAAUUUAUUCAAUCUGCCCGCGCUCAGCUCUUCGAAAUUCGCAAGAAGAAGGGUACCAAAAAUGUCAAGUUCAUGCUAUCUCUUUUCAUGGAUGACUGCAAGCUUCGACGGGAGAAGAUUCGAAGGGCUGUCGCGGCACGCCAGCUCAUCGAGUACAAACGGGGGAUGCCCAAAGACCCGGACCUACUGGCAACAGGGGCAGAUCGCGGCGCAGACUUUUUGCGCAAAGAGACUGAAGCUGUGUCGUCGCAGCUCUCCAAAGUGAGGGACUUGCGUACGUACGACCUGUUCACCCGCGUUCUGCAGGAGAGUUUGUCAGAAGUGCUGGAGGCCAAACUCCAGGUCCUAGGCCUCCAAGAAGAAAUAGUAAAGUCAAGAAGCGGACAAAAGCCAAAUCUGGCUAUACCAGGACUCAACAUCCUUAUGGGUAGAUGGGCUGACCUCAAGCGGUUUUCGAUCUACAACCUCUAUCAGGAAUGCAACCUUCGUGGACAGGGUUUGGCAUUCAACUCGGAUGAUGAAAUGUUUUCUUUUCUUGUCACCAGUUCCGACGCAAAGAUCGAUCAAAUCAUCCAGAUUGACAAAGACGUGCUUGUCUCACGUGACAGCCACAUUCCGGGGCUUUGCUACGAGCUUCUGGCGGAAAAUGCCGAGCUCAGGAAGAUGUGCAACGCCUACCAGUUGAAGGUCCUAUUGUUGAGUUCCGAGGAAGGCAACGAGAAGGCCUUGGCCACAUCCAGUUAACAGAUGAAGAAGCUUGGUUGGCUUAGGCUUAGACAGUACAGUCGCCUUAUUCGCUGAUUCCAAAGUAGUUCUUCUGUCACCAAUAAGUAGGCUAAGAGGGCAAAGUGAGGCGUCCUGAAGGUUUGCUCUGUUGUUUUCCGAAUAUUUGGCACACGGCUGGAGCAGCAUGACUUGCUGCGAUUUCAAUAGUUCUUCCCUGGUGGACAAUCAACAAAGAUUGUCGUCAUCAAUUCCUCUCAAGCCCAGUAUGUCCAUGCAGCUGAAAGCAACCAUGCAUGGAUCAAGGUUGACCAGUACAUGGACCCCUUAUUCGGUUAUUGCUGGGCAGCUUGUCCAAUCGUCGAUGUUUUUUGUGCAUUUGAAAGCUCUCUCACCUGUAGCAGUGAGUAGUGGUGCUUGUUUUUGUUCUUAUAGGCGAUAGGCUCCCC